CAUUACUCUUCCUUCUUUCACAUUUUAGGUGGAUGCCUCUUUGAUGAGCCUUAUAGCACCUGUGGAUACAGCCAAGCUGAAGAUGAUGACUUCAAUUGGGAGCAAGUGAACACCUUGACCAAACCAACUUCUGAUCCAUGGAUGCCAUCAGGCUCUUUCAUGUUGGUGAACACGUCCGGGAGGUCAGAGGGACAGAGAGCCCACCUGCUCUUACCUCAGCUCAAAGAGAAUGACACCCACUGCAUUGAUUUUCACUACUUUGUAUCCAGCAAGAGUAAUUCUGCUCCCGGGUUCCUCAAUGUCUAUGUGAAGGUCAACAGCGGGCCUCUGGGGAGCCCGAUCUGGAACGUAUCUGGAGACCCGAACCGCACCUGGAACAGGGCUGAACUGGCCAUUAGUACUUUCUGGCCCAACUUCUAUCAGGUGGUUUUUGAAGUCAUAACUUCUGGACAUCCAGGCUACCUCGCUAUUGAUGAAGUCAAGGUGUUGGGACAUCCAUGUACCAGAACUCCCCACUUCCUGCGGAUUCAGAACGUGGAAGUCAAUGCGGGCCAGUUUGCCACCUUCCAGUGCAGCGCGAUCGGCAGGACCCUGGCCGGCGACAGGCUCUGGUUACAGGGCAUCGAUGUACGAGAUGCUCCCCUGAAGGAGAUAAGGGUGACCAGUUCCCGGAGAUUCAUAGCUUCGUUCAACGUCGUGAACACAACCAAACGAGACGCUGGAAAAUACCGCUGCAUGAUUCGCACCGAUGGAGGUGUUGGCGUAUCAAACUACGCAGAAUUGGUAGUUAAAGAACCCCCUGUUCCCAUCGCGCCCCCGCAGCUUGCCUCCGUGGGCGCCACCUACCUGUGGAUCCAGCUCAACGCCAACUCCAUCAAUGGGGACGGGCCCAUCGUCGCCCGCGAGGUGGAGUACUGCACCGCCAGCGGGAGCUGGAAUGACCGGCAGCCGGUGGACUCCACCAGUUACAAAAUCGGGCAUCUGGACCCGGACACGGAGUAUGAGAUCAGCGUGCUCCUCACCCGGCCCGGGGAGGGCGGCACCGGGUCCCCCGGGCCCGCGCUCAGAACCAGAACCAAGUGUGCCGAUCCCAUGCGUGGCCCCAGAAAACUGGAAGUCGUCGAAGUCAAAUCUCGACAGAUCACAAUCCGCUGGGAGCCGUUUGGAUAUAAUGUCACUCGUUGCCAUAGUUACAAUCUCACAGUCCACUACCGUUACCAGGUCGGAGGGCAGGAACAAGUGCGGGAAGAGGUCAGCUGGGACACGGACAACGCCCACCCUCAGCACACCAUCACGAACCUCUCGCCCUACACCAAUGUCAGCGUGAAGCUCAUCCUCAUGAACCCCGAGGGGCGGAAGGAAAGCCAGGAGCUCGUGGUGCAGACCGACGAAGAUCUACCAGGGGCUGUUCCUACUGAAUCCAUCCAAGGAAGUACCUUUGAAGAGAAGAUAUUUCUUCAGUGGCGAGAACCAAUUCAAACGUAUGGUGUCAUCACUUUAUAUGAGAUCACCUACAAAGCCGUCAGUUCCUUUGACCCAGAAAUAGAUUUAUCCAAUCAAAGCGGAAGAGUUUCAAAACUGGGAAAUGAAACCCACUUUCUCUUUUUUGGACUGUAUCCGGGAACCACGUACUCCUUCACCAUCCGAGCCAGCACAGCUAAAGGCUUUGGACCUCCAGCAACAAGUCAGUUCACCACCAAAAUAUCAGCGCCCUCCAUGCCGGCAUACGAACUGGAGACCCCUCUGAAUCAAACCGACAACACGGUCACGGUCCUGCUGAAGCCUGCCCACAGCCGAGGCGCACCUGUCAGUGUCUACCAAAUAGUUGUUGAGGAGGAACGCCCUCGAAGAACAAAAAAGACGACAGAAAUCUUAAAAUGCUACCCAGUACCAAUCCACUUCCAGAAUGCUUCCAUCCUGAAUUCCCAGUACUAUUUCGCUGCAGAAUUCCCGGCCAACAGCCUCCAGGCUGCUCAGCCUUUCACCAUUGGUGAUAAUAAGACAUACAAUGGAUACUGGAACACUCCGCUCCUUCCCCAUAAAAGCUACAGAAUUUAUUUCCAAGCUGCCAGUAGAGCCAACGGGGAAACCAAAAUAGACUGUGUUCGAGUGGCCACAAAAGCUGCGAUAAUCGUGACUCAGCUUACGACUCCUCAUGUUGGCAUCGCCCCUGCUGCAGGCGACGACCAGCGGACAGGAGCCGCCACUCCCAAACCGGUCCCAGAGCCCGAGAAACAGACGGACCACACGGUGAAGAUCGCCGGGGUCAUCGCUGGCAUCCUGCUGUUCGUGAUCAUAUUUCUGGGGGUCGUGCUGGUGAUGAAGAAAAGGAAACUGGCCAAGAAGCGGAAGGAGACGAUGAGCAGCACGCGGCAGGAGAUGACGGUGAUGGUGAGCUCCAUGGACAAGAGCUACGCGGAGCAGGGCACCAGCUGCGACGAGGCUUUCUCCUUCAUGGACACGCACAACCUGAACGGGAGAUCCGUGUCUUCACCGUCGUCCUUUACGAUGAAAACGAACACACUGAGCACGUCGGUGCCUAACUCCUAUUACCCAGACCCAUUUGUGCCAACUGCAAUUUUAGUGCCUAUAAAUGACGAGUCACACACGAUGGCCAGCGACACCAGCAGCUUGGUGCAGUCCCACACCUACAAGAAACGCGAGCCGGCCGACGUGCCCUACCAGACCGGACAGCUGCACCCCGCCAUCCGGGUGGCAGACCUGCUUCAGCACAUCACGCAGAUGAAGUGCGCCGAAGGCUACGGCUUCAAGGAGGAGUACGAGAGCUUCUUUGAAGGGCAGUCUGCACCGUGGGACUCUGCUAAGAAGGAUGAGAACAGAAUGAAGAACAGAUACGGAAAUAUUAUCGCAUACGACCAUUCCCGCGUGAGGCUGCAGACCAUAGAAGGAGACAACAACUCGGACUACAUCAAUGGGAAUUAUAUCGACGGUUAUCAUCGACCCAAUCAUUACAUUGCGACGCAAGGACCGAUGCAAGAGACCAUCUACGACUUCUGGAGGAUGGUGUGGCACGAGAGCACGGCGAGCAUCGUCAUGGUGACCAACCUGGUGGAGGUGGGGAGGGUCAAAUGCUGCAAAUACUGGCCAGAUGACACAGAGAUAUAUAAAGACAUUAAAGUUACACUCAUAGAAACAGAGCUACUGGCAGAAUACGUGAUAAGAACGUUUGCCGUUGAAAAGCGAGGUGUUCACGAAAUCCGCGAGAUCAGACAGUUUCACUUCACCGGCUGGCCGGACCACGGCGUCCCCUACCACGCCACGGGGCUACUGGGCUUCGUCCGGCAGGUCAAAUCCAAGAGUCCGCCCAGCGCAGGCCCGCUGGUGGUGCACUGCAGUGCUGGCGCCGGGAGGACCGGCUGUUUCAUCGUCAUCGACAUCAUGCUGGACAUGGCGGAAAGGGAAGGCGUGGUGGACAUCUACAACUGCGUCCGCGAGCUGCGGUCUCGGAGGGUGAACAUGGUGCAGACCGAGGAGCAGUAUGUGUUUAUCCACGAUGCCAUCCUGGAGGCCUGUCUUUGUGGAGACACCUCGGUCCCUGCUUCCCAAGUGAGGUCUCUGUAUUAUGACAUGAACAAGCUGGAUCCGCAGACAAACUCGAGCCAGAUCAAAGAGGAGUUCCGGACCCUGAACAUGGUGACACCGACCCUGCGCGUGGAAGACUGCAGCAUCGCGCUGCUGCCCCGGAACCAUGAGAAGAAUCGCUGCAUGGACGUCCUGCCCCCUGACCGCUGCCUGCCCUUCCUCAUCACCAUCGAUGGCGAGAGCAGCAACUACAUCAACGCCGCCCUCAUGGACAGCUAUAAGCAGCCUUCAGCUUUUAUAGUCACCCAGCACCCUUUGCCAAACACAGUGAAAGACUUCUGGAGGCUGGUCCUGGACUACCACUGCACGUCCGUCGUGAUGCUGAAUGACGUGGAUCCCGCCCAGUUGUGUCCGCAGUACUGGCCCGAGAACGGCGUACACAGACACGGCCCCAUCCAGGUGGAGUUCGUCUCCGCGGAUUUAGAAGAAGACAUCAUCAGCAGGAUAUUCCGCAUUUAUAACGCAGCCCGGCCCCAAGACGGGUAUCGGAUGGUGCAGCAGUUCCAGUUCCUGGGCUGGCCCAUGUACAGGGACACGCCGGUGUCCAAGCGCUCCUUCCUGAAGCUCAUCCGCCAAGUGGACAAGUGGCAGGAGGAGUACAACGGCGGGGAGGGCCGCACGGUCGUGCACUGCCUGAACGGGGGCGGCCGCAGCGGGACCUUCUGCGCCAUCAGCAUCGUCUGCGAGAUGCUGCGGCACCAGAGGACGGUGGACGUCUUCCACGCGGUGAAGACGCUGAGGAACAACAAGCCCAACAUGGUGGACCUGCUGGACCAGUACAAGUUCUGCUACGAGGUAGCCCUGGAAUACUUGAAUUCGGGCUGACGGCACCCGGAGCCCUGCAGACGCGCCUUUCAGCCCGCGGGGCCAGGACGGCCCGUGGAGUUGGUGCGGACGAGAUGAAGGCUUCUCAAUGCGCUUCCUUUGCUUUGCAUCCUCGGCUCUUGGAAGAGCCCAAGCGAGCGUUGCUAAAAGCGCUUGCGCUGCCCAGCCCCCAGCAGCGCUGCUGCCUCCAGAGGCCUCCCCGCAUCUCCCCCGUCGCCAAGCUCCAGCGUCCGGGGCGCCGGGUCCCUGGAGCGGCGUGGACAGCUGGCGAACUGAAGAGCACAAUUAUAUUCUUAUGAAGGAAUUUGUACCUUUGGGGUAUUAUUCUGUGGCCCGUGAACCUUCGUUAUUGUUACAGCUGAGUGUACAUUUUUGUUCUGUGGAGAAUGCUGCCCAGCAUUAUGGUAAUAUAUUAUUUUAGUUAAUAUUUGUACUUUAACAUGUUGCACCAUAGAAGUUUCUGUCGCUUCCCGAGACUAACAUAAACACGUCAUGAACAGAGAUAAGUUGUCUGAGUUGUGGUUUCUAUCAGAUUUGUAUUGUUUCCGAGGGAAAAGCUUGGGAGGGAGUUCAGUUCAGAACCGCAGAGGUCGGCUGUCAGAGUCAGAGAUCCGAGGCUCUUCCCUUUGUGUAUAUUGUAAAUAUCUUUGAGUUCAUCCAAAUUAUUUAUUCAUUAAAAGAAAUUUUUGUGAAGCACAG